GUAUGUAGUUAUGCAUGUAUUCGUCGGUGUGUUUGUGUAUGUAGGCCUAUAAAUGUCUGUGUUUAUGUAGGCAAUGUACGUAAAUAUGUAAGCCUUUGUAUGUCAACUGAAUUUUAAACAUAUUUCGUCUUAGGAAGUGACAUUACACAGACAUAAACCUUGGCCCAACUCAAUACUGAAGUACCGUCAGACUAUCAAUAGAUCUAGAUCUACCAAAGUAAAUCGGGUAUUUAGGUUGACUCGAAAAACCUUAAUGAAAGGACCAGGAAGUUUAAAUCUGCUGUGAAUGUACAAUGCCCCAGCUCUGUGUAGACUUUCUAGUACUUAAGACAGUGAAAGAGAAAAGUAUUUCAUAAUUCUGGAAUAUAUGUCAAGACAAAAAGAUAUAUGUUCAUGGAGUAUUUGCUUUGUUACAAUGUAACAUUUUGUCAGAGUAAACAUUAGCAUUGACAAAGCAUAUUUCACAUAAAGUUGGACACUUUCACCUUUUACGUUUUUAAACUGAAAUCUACAUUUAACAGAGAGAUUCCCAAGACAUGACGAACAAAUAUUGCUACUCAACAGUUUCCUAUCUUGUCGUGUAGCCAGUAGAUAAAAUACAGUUCAUUCAUGGCCAGAACAUCGUUAAGUCUAAUCCUGUUGUUAUCAUCAUAUUCCCUUGCAGAAGUCACUCUAGACACUAAAUGUUACUCUGAAGCCAGAAAAUCAUCGACCAACAGAUUUUACUACAGACCCGGCUCUCAGAUAAGUUGUCUCUGUACAUCAAACAAUGGCACCACUGUGCAAUGGGUGACAGAACACGGUCAAGUCUUAUCGAAUGGGACAUUAAACAUCACAGUUGCUUCUAAUGUGACACGGUACAUCUGUCAAGAAAUAAACAAAAUUGAAAACAACGUGACGUUUACUGUACAUGUACUAUAUGUCCCCACAGAAGCCACCUUGACUUUCAAUGCUACAAGCAAUGUUUGUAGUUCUAGUGCAGUCCUCGUUCAAUGUGAGACUCCCUACGUGGACUAUCAACAGUCUCCAAUGAUCUCAUUCUUUGAUAUCAGCUCAGCAGAUAGGGUCAAUCUAACAAAUGCAACUCCAGUGAACACAAGGAAUGGCAAAUGGAGUUCUACCAGUGUCUACAUUACAGCAAGUGGAGGCCAGAGGACAAUACUAUGUCGAGUCAGUGAUAGUGAAUUUAAUGACUUAUAUACUGACACUCAAGACGUAAUUAAUGUUCAAGAGGCCUCCAAAGUUUAUCCUAUUAUUACAAUAGGAGCAAAUAACUAUCAAAAUGGAGAGACUUUGGAUGUUCAAGACAGCUCACAAUUUUCUCCCAAGUGUCAAGUCAGUUCUGUAUCUUCAGGAUACUUUCGUCUAGAACUGACUUGCGAUUCCUCCAACAGUACAAAUAUUUUCUCUUCAAAUAAUGACUAUGGUACCAGUGUUUACCUAGCUACUGUGUCUGUCACCAAGUAUAUGAUUGGAAAAAAGUGUUUAUGUAAAGCAACCCAUUCUUCAGGAUGUUACACCCUGACCACAGCUGUCAAUAUCAAUGUUCUAUAUGCUCCAGAGAUCAAUUAUUUAAAGGUGAAUGGUAACACUACAUCAGUGACUGUAAAUCGUGGAGAUGCACUGAACUUUAUUUGUAAUGCUACAGGAAAUCCAUUACCAUCAUUGUACAUGACCCAUGAGAUACCAACAUCAGUUCCCUUCCAGACUGUCCAGUCGUAUACUCUGGACUUCACACAGCAAGCUGGCUGCAGUGAUACGGAUUUGUUUUACUGUGUGGCCAAGAACACCAUCAACACUGGAACACAAACAUCCAAACAGAGAUCCGUGCAGGUGUAUGUCAGGUGUCCACCAAAUGUAACAUCAGAAACUAACAGUUACGCCAUUACUCUGGGUGCCACAUCAGAGUUCCGGAUCCCAAUAGCCGCCUAUCCUGAUCCUUUCAAGUUUGUCUUGUAUACAACUGGUGUUAAGUUUCAUAAGGAAGUAGACCUGAAGAGAUACAACUUAACGUAUGUGUCUACCAAUCCUUCGCAAGGAAAAGGAAACAUCGUUAUACAUCUGUACACAACCACCAGUGCAGAUUUAGUGGAUUAUAUACUGGAUAUAAAUAAUGGAGUAGACAGCAAUGGUAUCAGCUAUAGCUUUAAACUUACAGAGACAGAAGAUGGAUUGUCUAUUGGUGCUAAGAUAGGUAUUGGUGUAGGAGUCGCUGGUGCUGUUGUUAUAAUCAUCAUAAUUGUCGUUGUUUUGUGUGGAAGAAACAAAAUCAAACGCUCACUAAAAGAAAAAUCAAAAGAAAAAAAUCCAUACGAUAUGACAUAUCAAUACGUUGGACCAUAUAAUGGAGGCUAUAUGCAACCUAAAGACAACCAACCAGACGAAGGCUAUGUUGAUGUAGAAGAACAAUACGACACCAUUCCCGCUGAUUACGAAGGACCGGUGGUCGUCAGUUGUUUAGCCAAACCUGAUGACAUGGCUAGUGCAGAAUCUGGUGUCCUGAGUUCUAGAAUCAGUAACCCCAACUACAUCGAGAACUUUUCAGGUGCCAGAGACUUUCCUUAUGGAGGUUCUGCUUACUCACAGGCGACUGAAGUCAGUUAUCCCAGUACGUCCAUAUAUUCAAUCAAUACAAAUUCCAACAUGAUUUCAAAUGUGGAAACGAUUCAGGCAGCAGGCUGAAUUUUUAACACAAUCUGCAAAUAUUCAAAGAUUUAGUUAGUGAGAGUAAUGGCUUAUAUAUUUAGACAUAGUAUGCCAUACAUAAUGUUAUUUUAAUACAUCAACUUAUAUUUCUUUUGUCCUUUACUAUUUGGUACAUCGAACUGCGAAUGAAUUCUACAAACAGAUAAACUCUGUAAAUCUUCUUACCAGCUGUUCCUUUCAUAAUUGUACGGUGCAACCAAUUCAUUUGCUUGUGGGCGCAUAUUCCUCUCGAAAAGCUUUAGCUAUCAGGAGUCAAGUUAAAAUUCAAUCUCUUUUUUUUUUAUAAGGUCAUUAGUAAUUUAGUAAUCUCCUGUAUUCAAAAAUAAAAUGUUACUGACCUAUGUUACAUUCUAAAUAUUCUAGCAGAAGAUUUAUAACCUUAAGCAUGUUUUCAGAAGGAGAAUAAAUCCCAAACACAAUAAGCAAAAUAAAAAAAAUAUUUAAAAAAAAAAGGAUAUCUUGGAGAAAGAACCUCAAAAUCACUGCCAUAUAUCUCAAUACAGCAGGAAAUUUUUUUUUUUUUCAAAAUAAAACAAAAUUAAUUAAUUACCACUAAUUGAUUAUCUAAGUGUUGUUGUUUUUUCUGACCCGUGUAUUGUCAUGGGCUAUGAAUAAUUAUGCAAUAUUUCAACUUUAUCCGAGAGUGCAAAGUGAGAAAAAAAUGUGUACAAAGCAUAGUAAGGGAAAUUACUCCACAUCUCUCAAUAAGUAGCAUUUAUUUCCCUUUUUGAUUAAAAAAUAAUAAUUAGCUACCAAUAAUUAAUUAACUUGUUGGUUAAUUUAUUUUAUUGAUUCAUGUUUUGUUAGAUAAAAGAGAUAAUUUUGUUUUGUGAUAAUAGCUUCAAAAGGAAGGAUGUACUAAUAUUAUAUGAUAUUACGUCAUUGUUUGUUGUUUAUGCUUUAUGCGAAAGCAAAGAAUCGGACGGAAAUAAAAGUUAGUUAUAUAUGUCUACCUUGAUAAAGACAGUCUCGUUAUUAUCAUUAUUAAUUAGUAACGUCUACAGUAAUUUAUUAUUAAUCUGUGACAACAGAACAGUUUAGUUUCAAAUUGUUCCGAGAAUUGGUGUUGGAGAAAUAACGUGUACAAGAAUUGUACCAGACAGGUAGACAGAUCGAGUUGAUAUACGCUUUGUAAAAUAGCAUUUUUUUAAACAGGUGUCUAGGAACUAUCCCGUGUAGUACUACACAGAAAAUAAAAAUAUGUUUUGAUUUAGAAUUGAAGCUGACCCUUUUGUUUAUAAUUCCAUACGGUUGAUUGCACUACUUGUAGUUUAUUGUCAAGGACCUGCAUAGUUUCAAUAUGGUAAUUUCUGCUGAUUUUGAAUUAAUGAAGCCUUUUUUUUUGUCUAAAAGGUUUCAACUUUUAGAAUAAUUUGUUGUAACCUUUUUAAUUAAAAAAAAACAAGACUAAUUAUAAAACAUAUUUUAUCCCCAGUUACUACAUAAAAAAUACUUCUAAACAAUAUCAGAAUGUCUUUAUUUAAGAAUUCUUUAUCUUAUCUUGUUCUGGUUAAAAAUGUUUGACUUUGACAUGAAUAUGUUAAUAUGUUAAGUAAAGAUGUGGAAAAAAAAAGGUGUAGGCCUACUUUAAUAAGGCAUGUCCCAAGUGAUAAAGUUAGAUAACUGACAUCGUCUAAUACUUGAGCUUUUUUUUUGGGGGGGGGGGGAUUUGUAAGGAGUUCACAAGAAUUAAGAUUUGUCUUCAAUCCCUAGAUCUCUUUAUUCCUGUGUCAAACAAUAAAACUAACAUGGUCUAGCAGCAUGCGUCGUUUAGUUGAUAGUGUCGUGGACACAGACAUACAGAGACCCAUACAGACAUAUAGAGAGCCACACCGACAUACCUAGACCCACGCAGACAUACAUAGACCCACACGACAUAUAUAGACUCAUACAGACAUACAUAGACUCCUACAGACAUACAUAGACUCAUAAAACCAGUUGGCUGUGUUUCUUGCCCCUUGGAUCCCCAGUGACACACAAUCUGUAGAUGAACUAUUUGAUCAUUCUGUCAAUCUUGUGGGGUUGUCUGCACUUAGUUUUCACUUCUCUUACUUUGUAUUUCCAAAUGUGAGCCUCAACACAGACCUCAACUUGACGUGCUGCUGUAUACAGACUCAUUGUGACUCAUCCUGUAUAUAUUUUGUAACUUAUGUAUUUUUACUCUGUUAGAAGUAAACAUUUUUAGCAUACUAGA